UUUUUGUUGUGUUGUUUCCAAUUCCAAUAUUUUCAAUGUUCUUUGUGCUUUGUGGUGAUAACCAGAAAACAUCCGUGAUAUAUUUUAUUACUUGCUGUAAAAAUUUAGCCUAUUAAUUUGAAAAGAGCUCAUAGACUUGAUAUAUAACACAUUAAUUUUGGAUUUGUUAUCAGAAGCUGAACAACUACUAUUCUACAAGAAUGCAGUGUAGAAAAGAUUUUAUCGGGAAAAUUGAUCAAUGCAAAGAUAUUAUAAAGGAUGAAGAGGUUUGGAAUAAGAUUCCAGUCGUCAAUUACACGCCCAAUAAUUUGUUGUUUCAUGACCAACUGGUUAUUUACCGUGGUAUGGUUCAGGAUAUGCUAAAUCCAGUCUUGUACUUGUCUCAGUAUGAGGUGAAAAAUAUCGAUACUGGAGAAAGCAGUGUCAGACAAGGACAAUUUACUGAUGCUUUGGAUUGUAAGGAUAAUGAGGAGGCUAUAUUGGAGUCAAGUGCAACAGUCUAUAAAGAACGAAGUUCGAUCUAUUGUGUUACGGUACCAGGUAGCAACAACUGGGUGGAAAAAUCAAUCCGAGAAAGAAAUUCAGCAAAUAUUGCGAACCUACAAUCUUCUUCUGCUUGUGAACCUGCAUCAUCUCCGUCAGCUUCGGAAAAUAAAAGGACGCUCAAUGAUGACGAAAAGAUGGAAGAAGACUGCAAUGAAAGUGAACUAGGAAACACGAGUAACAAACGAAUUUGUACUGGAAAAGUUCCUGACGUAAAGCAGAAAGCUGAAGAGAAAAAAUGCGUGUAUAAUCUACCCAUUUCAGAAAGGAGUAAAGAAAUUUUACAUCCUGCCGUGCUAAUAAAUGUAUACGAUGAGGAUUUGAAACUGCAGAUCAAUGAUGUGAUAGAAGUGGCUGGCUUCCUGUCAUGUGAUCCAACGGUGAUUAACGGAGUUGCCGAAUCAGUUGAUGAGGACUUUCCUCCCGCGUCGCUGGUGCCUAGAAUCAACGCCGUUCACGUUCGUGUACUUCCGGCCUCUCACAAUCAAUCUCUUCAAUCAGAUGUCCUGAGAUGUGCGGAAACUACAAGAGCUGAGCUGCAUUCUAUUCUAAGUAAAGUGCUUCUUGGCGAUAACUUAGCUGCUGACUAUCUCUUACUUCAUUUACUAUCCACAGUAUUCCAGCGGAAAGAUGCCCUAGUAUUGGGAAAAUGUUGUCUGAAUUUGUCCAAUCUUCCAAAAGGAAGCCAGUACUCGAAACUGCUAUAUAAUUUUUUAACAAAUCUAGUGCCUACCAGCCAUUACGAGCCUAUGUCUUUGGAAAGCCUCAAUAGUUCUAAAUUUGUUCCCAAGAAAAACUAUGAAACAAGUCGACUUGAGAGUGGAAUACUUCAAAUGUCGAAAAAUACACUUUUAGUUUUAGAUGAAACAAAAAUGCAGGCUGGUCAGCUCAAUGAUAGAGGUGUUCGAAACGUCCAAGCGUUGACAGGACUCAUCAACUUUCAAAAAGUGGAUUACGAUUUCCAGUAUUAUCCUGUCGAAUUUCCCAUGGAUAUUAGAGUGCUCGUACUAUCAGAAGGAAAGAGUAUGUUACCAAGCGACUUUGACGUAUGCUUGGACUAUGCAGACACGACGCCCGAGUACAUUGAAGAGCUGUUUGUGGAAGCUGGCCGAUUCGUCGAACGCCAAUCUCUGACUGACACGCUGCGUGCCUACCUCACAACUGUCGCCAAUCUGGCUUACCAGUUCUCUGAUGAUGUGGAAACCAAAAUCACCGAAGACUUUGUCAAAAUGAGACGAGAAAGGCAGAAGACUUCUUCUCAAGAUCUUCAUAAUCUACUUGUUCUUGCUAGGUUGUUUUCAUUGAGUAGAGGCUGCACUACUCUGUCGAAGGAAACUUGGGAAAUAGUUCAGGACAUGGAGGAGCAGAGACGGUUGCGCAUGGAAAAGUGAUUAUAACUUGUAGUUACUGUAUUGUUAACUCUGUUUUGUAAAAAUAAAUUUUAUACAUUUUAGAUUU